AAUCAGUGAGAGUGAUGACGUCAAGUGACACUUUUCAAGGUGCGUCAUCGUCACGCGCGCCUAUCGAGCCUACACCAGGAAACAGGCAGCGAGUCGUUCCUACUCCCAAGUAGCAGCAGGGAGUAGUAGACAAAGAAGGCCUUGGUGGCAACACGUGGGUUAUUUAUAGUGCUGAGAAACGCGUCAUUGCUGUGUGGCUUUCUGGUUUCUUUCACGUAUUGCUUGACGGUAAUCACCAACUCACAAGAUGGCAGGUGGUAUGCCAGACAGAAAUUUCCUCAUGACUGUCUUUCAACAGGUUGACAAAGAUCGUAGUGGAGCAAUUGAUGCCCGGGAACUUCAGUCAGCACUAUCUAAUGGGAACUGGACACCAUUCAACCCAGAUACUGUAAAGCUGAUGAUUGGAAUGUUUGACAGGACAGGAGAAGGAACUAUUAACUUCAAUGAAUUUGGAGCUUUAUGGAAGUAUGUCACAGACUGGCAGCAGUGUUUCCGCUCAUUCGACAACGACAACUCUGGUAGUAUAAACAAAACAGAACUCAAAACGGCCAUCACAACUUUUGGAUACAGGUUUUCUGAUCAGUUCUUUGACAUCUUGAUAAAGCGCUUUGACAGAUCUGGCAAGGGGCUUAUAUAUUUUGAUGACUUUAUUCAGUGCUGCAUUUCCCUUCAUACAUUGACCUCAUCUUUUAGUCAGCAUGACCAAGAGCAAAGAGGUGUUGCCACCUUUAGUUAUGAACAGUUCAUAUCUGUGUUCUUUAGAGUGAUGCAGUAAUGACACAUGCUCUCCAGUACAUGUAGGUGAACUGGCCCAUUAUGCAUGAUUGGUGUUGCUAUGUAUGCACAUAGCUAUGUAUAUUCAUAGGAGUAGUUUGCACCUGUGAUUUUGGAGGCAUAGUUCCAGAAUCUUGUGCAUUUGCCUCUGAGCUGAAGUAGAGAAGCUUCUUUGUUGAUUGUAUAAAAGCGUAUAAAAGCCUGAGUUGUUGUGUUGUGAAAUUUUAUGAAGUGAAACAAGAACUCUUUACUUUGUUCACAUUGCAGGUAUUAUACUGUCAGAAAAUACCAAGAGAACAUUUUUAUAGCUGUAUAUAUUUGAAUGUAGAGAGUUCAUUAUUCACAUCUUAUUACAGUAUGUAUAUACAUUACUGUACAUGUUUAUAGUAUGAUAAGUUAGUGCAUUCAAAGCUUUGUUCAUAUUUUCUGCCUUCUUUUUUUUGAUAAAGUUAUGGAAAUUAUCAAGAGAUACGGUCUAACAGAGCUAGGAUGUCAUCCAUAUAUUCUUUGGUUAUGUAUGCUUCUAUGUGUACAAAAUAGACUAUUGGGUUUGUGCCAUUAAAUCCGACAGUGGUUAUAGAACACUUGCCAGGACACUUGCCAAAAGUUAAAUUAGAAAAAAAAAAUAGAGAAAUUUAGAUGAAAGAAUAGCUCUCUACAUUGGUAUCAUUUACAAGAAGAGUCUGUAGAAUGUAACAAAUGCAAAGGAAGAUUCCAUCCUUCAUACUAAAAUCUCAUCUGACGAGGAGGAAAUAAUAUGCCCUCCAAAAUAAUUGUUUUCUCUGUUGCAAUUUAUUUAUUUAUUUUUUUUUUUCCAUAAGCUCUUCCACGGUUGUAUUCAGAAAACUGUACAUUCAUUUGGUUUCUUUGGGGAUUGAUCAGAUAGCUGCUGUAAAUAAUAUCAAGGACAUGUAAAGUGUUAACAGUAUCAUAUACUAUCAAAUACUUAGUAAAUUAAAAAUUUAGUGGAUAUAAAUUAAGAGGAACAAAUAGUACACUUAGUAAAUUAAAAAUUUAGUGGAUAUAAUUAAGAGGAACAAAUAGUAUGAUAUUCUCUACAUUAUGAUGAAAGUAAAACACUUUGAUAGUAAUUUUUUAUCUGUAAUAUAUGUGUACAAUGUUGAGAACCACAUAUACAGCAAUCAGAGUAAUGUUUAAGAUGCCUAGGUGCAAUAUUGGUCAAUAAAGUGUGUAGGCAAGGGGGUUGGGAAGCUACUUACAUGGGCAUUAUUAUUAUUCCCUGAUCUCAGGCAUGUUUCACAGCUAGAGGAAUUUCUCCACAUAGACCUAGCUGGCACGUGUUUUUCCCACAGCUCUUCUCUGCUCAAGAUAUCAGUCUUUAUAAGCUGGGCACCCUACUCAAUGGAUGCCAGAGAGGAACCGUGUUUCUAUGAUGUGCAUCUAGUGCUGUCACUGACAGGAUCCUUUAAUGCCUCUUCAUUGUCAGAGAAAUAGUAUGUAGGGUCCUUUAAUGGGAGAUAUCAGAGAAUUUGUUUAGUGUCAGUCUACAUUAGGACAGACUGGCAAAGAAACCCCUCAGUGUCAGUCUACAUUAGGACAGACUGGCAAAGAAACCCCUCAAGUUGUCACCUUGUAUAGAAGGGAAUAAAACCAUGGAAGAUAUCAAGGGAAUUUGUUUAGACAAACAUCAAGGGAAUUUGUUUAGUGUCUGUCUACAUUAUCUCUGUGGUUUUAGUCCCUAUACAAGGUGGCCACUUGAGGUUUCUUGGCCAAAAAGUUGGCUGUGUGGUGGGGGGCACAAGCAGGGGCACACACUUCUUACAACAAUGUACAUGUACAGAGCUGCCAAAACUGCAAAUUUGUAAACUGGUCAGUAACAUGCCAGGAGACAGGCUGAGUAGGCAGAAUUUACUUCACAUCCAGCAAAAUUUGUUGUACACAUUUUUAGAACAAAUUUGUACAACGGUACAAAAAUUCUAAAUCAUAACAUUUUGUUCAGACGUUGUAGAUGGACCCAUGAGACAGGGCAGUAUUGUUGUCCCCUUAUCCUCCCUAUAUAUUAAUAUAUUCUCUAGAGGGAAGAUUUGAAUGAAAAAAGACUUUAUAAAAAAACCCUUGAUGGAACAUUAUGUGCAUAGUAAUACUUAAAUACAUUUUUCAAAAGACUGCUCUCUGUCCAGGGAACAAGCAGGACCCAGCAUAAAAAAAAAUUAAAUUGUGGGGAGUCCUUAAAACUAUGUACAGUAGGAAGCUUGUUUCUUGCAACACAGCAAGACCAUAAGUCUGACACACAAGGAGCCUCCUAGACUAUGUUGAAUUAUAGAGGAUGAAGUGCAGCAGCUCAGGAGACACACCAUUGAGUACAGGCACAGCAACCUGGAAAAUUAAUAAGUGUUCACCAAUGCCCCUCUCUACACACCAUAAGUAAUUUAGUGCCACACAUCUAAUAUUCAUAUUGCCAUCUACACUAGUUAAUUAAGACUUUAGAAGUACUUCAGACACAUAGAUGCUGCUGCUGAUGGGAUUGCAUCAGGUGCCUGGAAUGAUGUCCAACAGCAGUGGAGGUUUUUUGCCUCUUCCAUUUUCUGUCUAACAGCAGUGACGGUUUCGCCUCUUCCAUUUUUCUGUAAUGAAAUUUGAGACAAAAUUUGCAGAAGACAGUCAUUCAAGUGUUAUGCUUUUUGUUGUCAUGCUAAGAACUCAGUCUGCUCUGAGCAACAAAGGUUUGUGAUUAUACUAGGUUAGGUGCCACUACCUGAGGCACUGAGGAUGCACACUUAUGGGAAACCUGUCUGUCAUCUAAGUGAUGUUCGUGCUCUUUAAAAAAUAUUAAUAAUCUCAGUUUGCUGUAUGUAGGUUUUCAAAGAACCAGAAUGUGUAGACCUAGCAGAUAAGAACCUCACCCACUGACAGUACUGCCAGGCUUCACAUCCUGAGGUGACAAAAUUAGUGCAGAAGAUUGACUUUUUUGUGGUAAUCAUGUUCUGUUCUAUUAAGUAUUUUACAUUUCCCUUAUAUAAUUUAUUGCUUUUAUUUGCUUAACAGUAGGUGCUCACUUAUCUGUAACAUGAUUGUCACUGUGCAUGACAAAUUCACCAAAACAAAAGUCUAACAACUUCACAAAACUGGGUUUUUUUAACACAGCGAAGCCUUUCUUGAAAUGUGUCAGUCAAACUAUAUUUGCUGUGAAACAAGGACCAUGACAAACACUAUGUAAAGCACUUACUUGUAAGAAAGUAAUUUGCACAGUUGCUUUGUUAUAACAAUUUUGAAAAGAAGGAUGUUAAACCCAACUGAAUACAUUGCUCAAGAGAGAUUACACAAUAUUACACAAUAUUGAAGGUCUGCUAAUUUGUAAAUUGCUGUUGUGCAACUUCAAAUACUAUCGAAGGAGCAACAAGUGUUCUAGUCUCUUUAGAUUGAUAAUUUUUCAGAUCCAUCAUUAAUUAUUAAUUAAUUAUUAAUUAAUUACCUUUGGUUCCAUGCCUCCUGUCAUUCAUGUAUAGAAAAGGAGUUACCAAGAUCUCAGUUGGAUACCAAUCUGUAUAAUACAACUUUUAAAUUUUGCCCUUACAGAAUUUGACACAGCUCUUCAGUCAGCACGACACUGAUCGGGAUGG